AUGCCCCAUUCCUCCGUAUUGCCUGCACCUUCCCCUUUCCUCGUCCUUCCAUUCAUUCCCCCCUUCCGCCUUCCCCCCAUCCCCCCUUCCCCCCAUCUGCCCUUCCCCCAUUCCCCCGUUCCGCCCUUCCCCCCUUCCCCCAUUCUGCCCUUCCCCUCUUCCCCCUUCCCCCAUUCUGCCUUCCCCCCUUCCCCCCUUGCGCUCUUCUGUCUGUGCGUGCAUGUGCAUGCAUGUGUGCACGUGCUUCCAGUGGGCACAUUUAAGGCCAAAGGUGGGGAGGUGAAGGAGGCAGUCAAAGCAGCACUGGCAGCGGGAUACAGGCACAUAGACACUGCAUCAGUGUACAAGAACGAAGCGGAAGUCGGGGAGGCCAUUAGAGAGUACGGCAUUGCAAGGGAGGAGGUUUUUAUCACCUCCAAAGCUUCGCCUUACGAGCAUGGUUUCCAGCAGGCUCUAGCGGCAUGUGCGGCGUCCUUGGAGCGCCUGCAAACAGACUACCUGGACCUCUACCUGCUGCACUGGCCCGGAGUGGCAAAGCUAGAUAGGGCGUCUGAGAAGAAUGCAGAGAUUCGCCUGGAGUCUUGGCGCGCUCUGGAGCAACUUCAGAGGGAAGGUAAAUGCCUCGCCAUUGGAGUCAGCAACUUCACUGCCGCCCAUCUCGACCACUUGAUGACAAACUCUGCCACCCUGCCAGCUGUCAACCAGGUGGAGGUGCACCCGCUGCUGACUCAGCGGUCGCUGCGAGUCUACUGUGCUGAGCGUGGUAUUUGUGUGGCAGCUUACUCACCCCUGGGGUGUGGCCAGCUGUUACAGCAACCAACUGUGCAACAAGUGGCCAAGGAAGUUGAGCAGUCAGCUGCUCAAGUGCUGCUCAGGUGGAGCCUACAGCAUGGAAUGG